AUGAUAUUUGCAAUUGAAGAAAUUAACAAAGAACCUGCUCUCCUACCAAACAUCACUCUUGGCUACAGAAUCCUUAACUCUUGUGAAUCUCCCACAAACACUUUACGUGCUGCUCUAACACUGGCCAGCGGAGCUGAGGAGAUGGACUCAACCUCUGCUUGUCCUCCGGCUGUAUCUGCUCUCAUAGCAGAGUCAGGAUCGUCUCAGUCCUUAGCUGUGGCUGGAACUCUCGGACCAUUUCAAGUGCCAAUAGUGAGUUACUUCUCGACAUGUGCCUGCCUGAGUGAUAGAACUAAAUACCCUACGUUUUUCCGGACGAUCCCCAGCGACUACUUCCAGGCCAAAGCCUUGGCAGCUCUGGUCAAACGUUUUGGCUGGCAGUGGAUUGGCGCCAUACAGUCAGACAAUGCCUAUGGCCGGAAUGGGAUCCUUGCUUUCACUGAGGAGGUUAGGAAGCUGGGGGUUUGUGUUGCAUUUGUCGGGACAAUUCUACGCACGUACACUAUGGAUAAGAUUCUGGAUGUUGUGGAAAUGAUCAAGCGGUCAACAGUCAAAGUCAUUCUGGCUUUUGUUACUGAGGGGGACUUUUAUCCCUUGAUGAAAGAGGUAGUGAAACAGAAUAUCACUGGAAUUCAGUGGAUCGCUAGUGAGGCCUGGAUAACGGCAGCGCGUAUAUCCACGCCUGAAAUCUUCCAAGCUUUCGUUGGAGCCCUGGGAUUUGUGGUGCACAAGAUGGCCAUCCCUGAUCUCAAACCGUUUCUCACAGGCAUCAGCCCUCACGCAGACCCAAGUGCCGCCUUUGUGAGGAAUUUCUGGGAGGUUAUGGUGGGCUGUCGACCCGUUUCACCCGGUGAACACACAGGAUCCGAGGAAACAAAUGAAAAAUGCACAGGCAAUGAGACAUUAUUAUAUUCCCAGCAUGUGUUCUUUAAUGUUACUCAGCUCAGAGUGUCCUAUAAUGUGUAUAAAGCAGUCUAUGCCAUUGCACAUGCCCUGCAUGAGCUGUUGUUCUGCCAACCAGCUGGUAAACCAGGAGGAAAACCAGUGAUGCCGUGUUUGAAUGUGUCAGAAAUUCAGCCCAAACAGGUCACUGAUCACCUGCAGAGAGUCCAUUUCAGAAAUCAGUUCGGGGACGAUGUGUUCUUCGAUGACAACGGAGACCCUCCGGCUUCUUAUGAAUUAAUCAACUGGCAGCUGAGAGACGGGCACGUGCAACAUGUGACAGUGGGUCAUUUUGUAUCUGCUGCCAAGGGUGAUUAUAAGCUCAGCGUCCAGGAGGAAGAGAUAGUGUGGCUGCACUUUUCCCCUCAGGUUCCCACAUCAGUGUGCUCUAAUAUCUGUCCAGUGGGAACGAGGAGAGCUCAAAUUAAAGGAAAACCAUCCUGCUGCUUUGAUUGUCUCCCCUGUGCCGAUGGAACUAUAGCCAACUCAACAGGUGCGGUAGACUGCACUCAGUGUCCACAGGACUUCUGGUCCAGCGACGGGAAAGACAUAUGCAUUCCCAAAACAGUUGAAUUCCUGACGUAUCAGGAGCCGUUGGGAAUAGCUAUCACAGUCGUAUCGCUGCUGGGAGCCUCCCUGUCUCUGGCCACCAUGGUGGUUUUCAUCCAUUACAGAGAAACCCCGGUGAUAAAGGCCAGCAACGCUGAGCUGAGCUGCUUGCUGCUGUUUUCUCUUUUCUUGUGUUUCCUCUGUCCCCUCACUUUCAUCGGCCGGCCCACAGUCUGGACAUGCAUGCUCCGCCACACAGCUUUCGGCGUGACGUUUGCGCUCUGCAUUUCCUGCGUCUUAGGAAAAACAAUUGUCGUAGUCACGGCUUUCAAAGCAACGUUUCCUGGCAACAAAGUAGCGGGAAAGUUCGGUCCUGCGCAGCAAAGAAUCAUAGUCUGCUCCUGCACUUUGAUUCAGAUUUUGAUUUGUAUUCUGUGGCUUAAACUAAAUCCCCCUUUCCCAGACAUGGUUUUCAGAUACAGCAAUAAGAAGAUUGUUUUGGAGUGUAACACAGGCUCUGAAGCUGCUUUCUACGCAGUGCUGGGCUAUAUUGGGUUCCUCGCUAUAAUUUGUUUGGUCCUGGCAUUUCUAGCCAGAAAGUUACCCAACAACUUCAAUGAAGCCAAAUUCAUCACCUUCAGCAUGUUGAUAUUUUGUGCGGUCUGGAUCACCUUCAUCCCAGCAUAUGUCAGCUCCCCUGGGAAGUUCACUGUAGCUGUGGAAACUUUUGCAAUUUUGUCUUCAGCAUUUGGAUUAUUAAUUUGUAUCUUUGCACUGAAAUGCUACAUAAUAUUGAUCAAACCAGAGAAAAACACCAAGAAACAUGUCAUGACAAAAAUUUCCAGUCGUCUGUUUAGUCUCUUCCUGUUUCGUCGCCGUCAUCUCAAGUUCCGCAUUCAGGAUGUACGUCAGACAGCCAAAGGGCCGGAUGCGGCCCGGGGGCCGUACAAUGCCCAGGUCUGCUCUAUAGUGAACAUGACCCUGAGGCUGGAUGACAGGGAACUGAAAUUUGCCAGGAUAGUGAUGUUUACAGUGGAGGAGAUCAACAGAGAUUCUAAGCUCCUUCCUGGAUUGAGUCUUGGCUACAGGCUGUACAGUGGCUGUGGGGAUGAGAACCUGAUUCGAGCAGUAUUGGAAGCUGUGAACGGAGAUGACUCAAAGGGCUGCGCUGAUCAGAUACAAGCUCUCCUGGGCCAUUCCUCCUCCGGAGUGAGCAAAGAUAUAAACAUAAUACUCAGCCCGCUAUCCAUUCCACAGGUGAGCUAUUUCUCCACUUGUGCUUGCUUGAGUGACAAAAGGAAGUUCCCCACAUUCUUCAGAACUGUGCCCAGUGACCGCUUCCAAGUCAUUGGUCUGGUGCAGCUCAUGAAAUACUUUGACUGGCGCUGGGUGGGGAUUAUUUAUACUACAGGCUUGUACUCAGAAGAAGGUACAACGGCAUUUGCAAAGGAAGCAGAAAAAGAGGGCAUAUGUGUUGAAUACCGGUUACCUUACUCAGAUACAAAUGUAAAAUUUCUUGCUAUUGUGGAGGCUCUGAGGAAAUCCUCGUCCAAGGUGGUCCUCUUGUUUAUGCCCUUACCCCCCACAAAAACGUUUUUUUCUGAAAUAGAGAAGUAUAACAUUACUGGAAAGCAAUGGGUUGGCAGUGAGGCUUGGAUCACUCAAAAAGACCUGGCUUCUGAUGGGAGAAAGAACCUUUUGCAGGGGACGAUGGGCUUCGCCCUCCCUCAGGCCCCCAUCCCAGGUCUUGGUGAAUUCUUACUCAGCUUUAAGCCCUCUGACGAACCACAAAGUGCUAUAGUUAAAGAUUUUUGGGAGUCGUUCUUUGACUGCAGCUUCUCUCCGUCAAAUACUUCUGCUACGUGUACUGGCACAGAAGAUCUCAGCACAGUCUCCACUGAUUACACAGAGGUGACACAUUUUAGGGCAGAGAAUAAUUUGUACAAAGCUGUCUACUCUGUGGCGUAUGCUAUUCACGCACUACUGCAAUGUCACAACGGCUCAAAUCCAACCACUGGAAAGUCCUGCGUGACUAAAGACCAAGUUCAGCCUAAAUUAGUGUUGGAGCACAUUAAGUUUGUGAACUUCACAACACAGAGUGGGGCCAAGGUUUUCUUUGAUGAAAAUGGAGACUCAGUUGCCCAGUAUGACUUAAUUAACUGGCAAAUAAAAGAUGACGGCUCUGUUGAGAUCGUACACAUCGGUCAAUUUGACACGUCUCUUCCAGAGGGAGAGAAAUUCCAACUAAAAGACAACACCAGGAUAGUUUGGGGAGGAAACAGUAUGCAGGUGCCGAGGUCUGUUUGCAGAGAGCCAUGUCCCCCAGGGACUCGAAAGGCGAUAACCAAGAAUAAACCUGUUUGCUGCUUUGACUGCUUUGAAUGCCCCGAGGGAUCAAUUAGUAAUGAGACAAAUUCUCCCGACUGUUUGAUCUGUCCACCUGAACUUUGGCCGAAUGAUAAGAAAGACCAUUGUCUCCCGAAGCCGACUGAGUACCUCUCCUACAAAGAGCUCAUGGGGGCACUUUUAACUGGAUUUGGUUGUGUGGGCAUAUUUGUAUCUCUACUGAUAUCAAUCAUUUUUAUGACUCAUAAAGAGACUCCCAUUGUUAAAGCCAACAACUCCGAGCUGAGCUUCCUGCUGCUAUUCUCCCUGACUCUGUGCUUCCUGUGCUCCCUCACCUUCAUCGGCCGGCCCUCUGAGUGGUCCUGCAUGCUGCGACACACUGCGUUCGGCAUCACCUUCGUCCUCUGCAUCUCUUGUGUCCUGGGGAAAACUAUAGUGGUGUUAAUGGCCUUCAGGGCGACACUUCCAGGCACAGAUAUGAUGAAAUGGUUCGGUCCUGCACAGCAGAGGCUCAGUGUUGUCAGUUUAACCCUGGUUCAGAUUGUAAUUUGUUUACUUUGGCUCACAACCAACCCUCCAUUUCCAAGGAUGAACAUGAAAUACUAUAAAGAUAGGAUCAUCUUAGAGUGUGCUCUGGGGUCAGCUGUCGGGUUCUGGGCUGUGCUGGGUUACAUCGGACUUCUUGCUCUCUUGUGUUUCAUUCUUGCUUUUUUUGCCAGGAAGCUGCCAGACAGCUUUAAUGAGGCCAAACUGAUCACCUUCAGCAUGUUGAUAUUUUGUGCAGUCUGGAUCACAUUCAUCCCGGCAUAUGUCAGCUCUCCUGGGAAGUUCACUGUGGCUGUGGAGAUAUUUGCUAUUCUGGCCUCCAGCUUUGGCUUGCUGAUAUGCAUUUUUGUUCCAAAAUGCUAUAUUAUCAUAUUCAGGCCAGAACAUAACUCAAAGAGACAUUUGAUGGGAAAAAUACCACUAAAGACACUUUGA